GUCGCAUGGAAUACCAAACCCUCAUCUCCACCGCUAUGAUCUUCGACGAUCUGCCUGCGAUCACUUACUUCCGUGCUGUCAAUGAUCGUAUGAUCGCGGGUGUUAUGGAGAGUAAGGAUUUUGGAAAAGAGGGUGCUUUUUACUUUUAUCUUGUGCGGUGAUUACUUUACGCACAAACCCGUUGCGCUGCGCGCGAUACACUGCCACGGCACGACACUCGCUAUUUACGAGAUACGAUAUUAAUGGUUGGACUGGAUGGAUUGGUUGGUGGGAUUUGGUUGGAUGGAGUUCGCAUUGCAUUUUUGCAUUUCUCGUCUUGUCUUGUUUUGCAUUGCAUUGUCAUCACAUUACAUUAUAGUGCCUUGUAAUAAUAAUACAUAAUCCACAUACGCACACGCACACGCACACGCACACGAACACGCAACUCAUUCUCUUACGCAUGUUAGUUACCUUGGAUACUUCAUGACUCCACUACGGCAGAAUUCUCCGAACUACUUGUACAUAUGUAGUGCUCGGAAUUUCCCGAUUAAUGCCCGGAAUUCAACACAAACAUUCCCGUCGAGAUCCAGCCAAGAGGCCAAGCUUUGACGUCUCAGUUAAUUAUGGAUCGGCAG